GGAGAGCACAAGAAACCGGAGUACGCUGAUAAGUUCCCUCUUCUAACCGUCCCAGGACUCAAAGAUGGCGACUUCUACCUUGGAGAAACGGUGGCUAUUUUCCGCUAUAUCGCUGCAAAGUUUGACGGUAAAUUCAAGGAAACUUGGUACCCAAAGGACCCAAAGGCCCGGGCACGUGUUGAUGAAUACAUUGCCUUCCACCAUACAGGAACAAGGGGGAAAUGUGUUGCCCUCUUCGUGACUGAGGUUCUAGCUCCCGCUUUCAGUGGGAAACCGAUGGAUAAGGAAAAGGUGAAGACUGACGCUGAGAACCUCAAGCAGAGUCUGGACAAGAUCGAGAAGGGCUUCCUUAAAGAUAAAAAUUUCCUUUGUGGCAAGGAGAUAACUAUCGCUGACAUCAUGGCUGUUUGUGAGUUUGCACAAUUCACCGUGAACGGUCGCGACAUCUUGAAAGACAAUCCCAAACUGAAGGCAUACUUUGAGAGAGUGAAGGCCAAACUCCAGCCAGCGUUCGAUGAGAUCCAUGCUAAGAUUUAUGCAUGGAGAGAUUCCCUCCAGAAGUAGACCUACCUAUAAAGAAACCUGACAAUGACUUGAUUCCAUCCAUUUCUCAAUACUGAAUUCUAAAACCUGGGGGAAGGGUAAUAUCAAGGGCCGACGAGUGUCCGUAUUUUUAAAGUAUCAUAAUACUUUAUAACUGAGUUAGGCAUUAAUAUCUUUGCACCAUGUUAUUAUUGUAGUGUUCGUUCCCAGAUCAAAUGUUGCCGUCCAUUUGUAUAUGAGAUUGACCAGCAUUAUCGCUCUGUUAAUUAUUUUUCAAAAAAUUACAUGGUUUCGAUACAUUCAACUUUUUUUUCUUGAAGCAUUGUAUGCUCUACAAAUGAUACAAUAUCUUAACCAAUACAACAGUACAAUUAUUAAUGACUGAAUCUGAAGACUUUCAUUAUUUUCUACGAUUCUCUAUGCAUUUCAUUUCGUCACCAUAAUAAACAUUGUCCUUUAAACGACAAUCCUGAUUUAACUCAAUGUAUAUAGAUGUGUACAUUGUUCUAUCAUCAUCGAGACAUAUUUUAUAUCUUUAUUUUUAUGUUUUUAUUUUCAUAUAUUUCGUAAAAUUCUCUACUGUAAAGGGCAUUACAAGGAAAGGUAUGAAAGAUAUAUAUAUAUAUUCUCUUAUCAUUAGAUAUUUCUUCAGUUUGAUUGCGUUGUUACCUGUGCUGCAAAUUUUAUCUGGGUGAUACUAUGAAUACCGAACCAAAUCGAAGUAAUUAGAUAUACCACAAUCACACAAUAUUCUUCGUGUGCCAUAUGCUUUCUGCAAUCAUUUACCUCCAAAUUCAUUUCUAUACUUUGAAGUGUAUAAUAUAACAUCUUAUAUUCUUAAAUAAACCUAUUUAAACUCAA